AUGCAUAUGGCUGAAAGUGUUAUUCUUCCGCCCCCAGAGAUAAAAUCCGUCAUCGACAAAACUGCCCUAUUCGUCGCGCGUUCUGCCAAUCCUUCUAAAUUCGAGGACAAAAUCCGCAAGGGUCAACGCUCUGAUCCCAAUUUCUCGUUCUUGGACCCAGCUGAUACAUAUCAUGGGUAUUAUCGUCACAAAAAAGGCGUCUGGGGUGACGACGCUUUGGAGAUGAAGGAAGAAAAAAAUAAAGGGGAAGGGGAACUCGCUAGUAGUGGGAAUUCUUCAAAACCAAUUUCCUACAUCCCGCCACACCCCACAGCAACUGCCAAGCUAAUUCAGUCAAUGGUUGAAAUCCUUCCGCCCCCAGAGAUAAAAUCCGUCAUCGACAAAACCGCCCUAUUCGUCGCGCGUUCUGCCAAUCCUUCUCAAUUCGAAGACAAAAUCCGCGAGGGCCAGCGCUCUGAUCCCAACUUCUCGUUCUUAGACCCAGCUGAUACAUAUCAUGGGUAUUACCAUCACAAAAAAGGCGUCUUGGAUGACGACGCUUUGGAGAUGAAGGACGAAAAAAAUAAGGGGGAAGGGGAACUCGCUAGUGGGGAUCCUUCAAAACCAAUUUCGAAUUCUUACAUCCCCGAAGCACACCACAUAAUAUCCGAGUCAACGCCAACAACUGCCACUGCCAAGAUAAUUCAGCUCAAAGGCAUCGCCGACAUCUUCGUCGCGCUCGUACUCACUGUGAAACCGCAGUUCAUCUAUGAUUCACCGGCGACGCAUACGUUGAGUGGGUUAAGUGGGCUUGUAAGUUUUUCACUCCUUUCCACCUCCGAAUUCCCACAUCAUUCACGUCUUGAAAUUUCAAUCUUUUGGAAUAGCAUAUAUCGAACGCAAACACUGCACGGGGGUUCAACCAAUCCAUCGCGUGUAUGGUCGCUGCUGUCGGAGUGGGGCAUUUAG